UACAACACUACCGCGACUCUGCAGCGAGUGAGGUUCGUCAGAAUACGUUGGUCGUAUGAUGGCGCAACAUGUUGGCCGUCCGUUUACAACCCAGCCGACGAUACUUUUGUCACUGCUCAUCCACGCGCUCGUCUCGCAGCUAGCGAACAACGGUGACAACGCGUCGGCGACGUCCGCCGUCGAGGCCGCCGCUAGCUGGUACACGACUCCCGCAGUGCGGUUCGUGGUGCGUUCGGCGCGCGUGAUCACGCCGUCGGAGCUGUACCUGUCGGUACCUGUCAAUGCCUUCGUCAACGCCUUCGACGACGAUCUCCUCUCAGUCGAGUUCUUCGGCAUCGGGCUCGAUCAUCCCGAUGUCACGCUGCACUGGUCACCGUGGCCGCGUGGCGAGUGCCCACAACAUUCGGACAACGUCCUGAACCUGGUGUGGUUAUCGCACAUGGCCAACCGCGGGAUCUAUCAGUUCCGCACCAAGCUCGACCCGAGUCUCGCUGUUGUCUACUUCUGUAUGAGAAACGACACGGACAAGACCUGGCGGAACCUCGGCGAGAACGUCCUAAUCAGAAUUCCGGUACGAUCGGAAGAGUAUCAUCGCGUGCGACGGGACGAUCCGCUCGAACGACCCGACGAUGAUUCCCCGACGCCGCGGAACAACACAACAACGGACACGCAUAUCGAAGGCUUGCGGGUGGAGAUGGCCGACAAAGAGCCUAGUUACAGUGACGAGGGGAUUCCCGAGAUCUUGGUUGGCACUAAAGCGGUGAUCCGGUUAUUCGGCACCGGUAUCACGAAGGGCACGCUGAUCACCUUCACCGACGUGCAAGCCGAAAGAGGCACUUUCUGCGACAAAAUUAAGAGUGACGAGUUUCCCGUGGAGGCGGUGGAGGGAAGUACAGCGACCAUUAACGUAGUGCUGCCUCCCGGAUCGCCAUUUUAUAUAUGCGCGAAACGACCAGUGCCCGACAAUCUGAAGAAAGAUACGGUAAUGUUUAAGCAUCAAGGGACCGCGUUGUAUAAUACUAUUCGCACGUAUGAGAAACUGUUACCGCUCUGGGUCACUAUCUUGAUCAUUCUCGUUUGCCUAAGUCUUUCUGCACUUUUCUCCGGACUCAAUUUGGGCCUGAUGGCGAUGGACAGAACUGAAUUGAAGAUACUCUGCAACACCGGUACGGAAAAGGAGAAACAAUACGCGAGGACCAUUCAGCCAGUGAGAAAUCAUGGGAAUUAUCUCUUGUGUUCAAUCUUAUUCUCUAAUGUUCUCGUCAAUUCAAUGUUCACGAUACUGUUGGAUGACUUAACAUCCGGAUUAGUCGCUGUUAUCUGCUCGACAUUAGCUAUCGUUAUCUUCGGUGAAAUUUCACCGCAGGCUAUUUGCAGCAGGCACGGAUUGUGCGUCGGUGCGAAAACUAUCUUUCUGACCAAGAUGACAAUGUUAGUGACUUUUCCGUUAAGUUAUCCAAUCAGCAAAAUUCUGGAUGUUAUUCUUGGCGAGGAAAUAGGCAACGUGUAUAAUCGAGAGAGACUCAAAGAACUGGUUAAGGUAACGACCGAAUACAACGAUUUAGAGAAAGAUGAAGUAAAUAUAAUUGCAGGAGCGUUAGAACUGCGGAAGAAGACCGUAGCCGACGUAAUGACCAGAAUCGAAGAUGUAUAUAUGUUGAACUAUAAUGCUAAUCUAGACUUUGAAACUGUGUCCGAAAUUAUGACGUCAGGGUUUUCUCGUAUACCAGUGUACGAAAAUGCAAGAACUAAUAUAGUGACGAUGCUGUAUAUCAAAGAUCUCGCAUUCGUUGAUCCAGCUGAUAACAUGCCACUCAAGAGGCUUUGCGACUUUUAUCAAAAUCCGUGUAAUUUUAUCUUUGAGGAUGUCACGUUGGAUAUAAUGUUUAAACAAUUUAAAGAAGGUCACAAAGGUCACAUGGCUUUCGUACAGAGAGUCAACAACGAAGGUGAUUGUGAUCCAUUUUACGAGGUGAUUGGUUUGGUUACGUUGGAAGAUGUUAUCGAAGAAUUAAUUCAGGCUGAGAUUAUCGAUGAGACUGAUGUAUUUAUGGAUAACAGGAGUAAACGUAAACGACAGAUUCGUCCGAAAAUGCCCAAGGACUUCACGAUAUUCACUGAGAAGAAAGAGAACCAAAGAAUUCACAUCUCUCCGCAGUUGACCCUGGCGAUGUACCAAUACUUGUCGACAAUUGUGGACACUUUUAAACCGGACGUUAUUUCCGAGACAAUCCUGCGACGUUUGUUGAAACAAGAUAUUAUUUAUCAUAUUAAAGUGAAGUCGCGCGAGAAAGCCAAGACAGACCCAGCUACGAUAAUCUAUCAGCAGGGGAAAGCAGUCGACUACUUCGUGCUGAUCCUGGAAGGUCGUGUCGAGGUGACGGUCGGCAAAGAAAACAUGAUGUUCGAGAGUGGCCCGUUCACCUACUUCGGCUCUCAAGCGCUCACUGCUAACAUUGGGAUCGCCGAGUCACCAACGAAUGCAAAUCCGCAGACAACCGGGAGCCUUCAGUCCGUUAAUUUGGAAUCCAUGUUACGUCAUACCUUCAUACCAGACUACACCGUGCGCGCGGUUACCGAGGUGUUCUACGUGAAAAUUAAGCGAUCCUUGUAUCUCGCAGCGAAGCGUGCCACACUUCUGGAGAAGAGCCAGAAAGACCCGUUGCCUAGUCAAGAACAAUUCGACGACGAAGUAGAAAAGUUGUUGCAUUCACUGGAGGAGGACGAUCAUAGUGUACCUGAAUCGCCGGUAUUGCCCUCAGAUAAAGCUGCAGAGAACGAGAAGACAAAGGACAUCGCCCACUCGCCCGUACGCAGUGUAACGGCACCGACGUCGCCGCUUCCGACCAGCACCAGCUCGGUCAUCAAUUCCAAGUUCGUUUCGCCGCGGAACGACGGGAAAACGAAAAAUCUGCCAAUGAAGGUGCAAACGAGUCCGGUGGACGUUCAGAGAAAAUUGGACCCAGACUCGGAAACUGUUGACCGACAUUCAGAAGCCGCGCGCAUGUUGUCAAUUAAGAAGACAUGCGAAGAUGAGGAGAGAACAAAUCUCUUGCCCACUAAGCAAGAUCACUCUUAACAUAUGCAGAACGGCCGAUGACACUCGGUGCUUCCGUCGGUGAGGUCUACUUUGAAAGCUUCAUCGAUCAACACAGAGCGGAACAUACCGGCAUGACAUAUUUUGCUACUGUGGCACUAGGUAGUACUUGACGAAUUAUUUUAGAUAUUUGUCGCGCGGAGAAGAGCGCGUGAGAACCAUCGAUAAAGGGUCCUGGUACUUCGUAUUUUUUAGCGAUUAUUGGCUCAGAGGCUGUACCCGACCGCGACUGGUCUCCUUUUCCUCGUAAAGUCUCUUAAAUCGCUUUGAAAAUUAUAUUGAAAAUUACCUCUUCAAUAGUUCAUGCAAGAGAGAAGACCUCCGAUAUGCAAAGUCCAACCAAUUCUAUAUUGUAAAUUUAUAUUACAGUGUAAGAUAUG